GUCACAACUCCCCUCACCAGCAAGGAUUAAAAAUUCCAACUUCUAAAACUAAGCAACCAUAUAUAGUACACUACCUACAGCCACCAAAUAACAUAAAGCAUAAACAUUUCAAUCUCAUUCUCACACUCAGACUCACUCAAACCCUUCCCUUCUUAAUUACAUGGUAUAUAUAUGUAUAUGUAUAUAUAACACUCUAUUCUUCUUUGUCCCAUGACCCAUGCAAUCAUGUAAGUUCCUUUAGCUAGCUACUAUAAAACCACCCCAAGACUCUUCAUCACUACUCUCACUCUAACUAAACAUUAACACACAAAAUGUCUGACCCAACAACACAACCAACUAUGCUCCCUUUCUUCAACCAAUCCAUGGAACUCGUCCAACUCCCCAACCCAACCGCAACCCGAAUCCGAAGCCGAACCGGUUUCUCCCCCACCCUCGGCGAGCUCCUCAAACACGUAGAAGAUGCUCAAAACGACAACCCUAACGCACCAACACAACAUGUUCUCGAUCUCAAUUCUACUCCUAACUCCUCUCACCCUUUUGUUCUCUCCUUCGCCAACUUAACCUACAGUGUUAAGGUCCGUCGCAAGAUGAUCCUGUCUCCAUGCUUCACCUCAAACCAUGACUUGCUGCCGGAGAACGACGCAACGGACGCAAAAACCGAUAACGCCGCCACCAAGAUUCUCCUAAAUGAUAUCUCCGGUGAGGCGAGGGACGGCGAGAUCAUGGCGGUACUCGGAGCCAGUGGCUCCGGGAAGUCUACCUUGAUCGACGCCCUUGCAGACCGGAUCUCCAAGGAGAGCCUCAAGGGAAGUAUAACGCUAAACGGAGACGUUUUGGAGUCCAGGAUGUUGAAGGUUAUCUCCGCUUACGUCAUGCAGGACGACCUCCUCUUCCCCAUGCUCACCGUGGAGGAAACCCUAAUGUUCUCCGCCGAGUUCCGCCUCCCUCGCUCCCUAUCCAGGUCCAAGAAGAAGGCUCGCGUUCACGCCCUCAUCGACCAGCUCGGCCUCCGCAACGCCGCCACCACCGUCAUCGGCGAUGAAGGCCACCGCGGCGUCUCCGGAGGUGAGCGCCGACGCGUCUCCAUCGGGAUAGACAUUAUCCACGAUCCGAUUGUCCUCUUCCUCGACGAGCCAACCUCCGGCCUUGACUCCACCAGCGCCUUCAUGGUAGUGAAGGUGCUUCAGCGAAUCGCACAGAGCGGGAGCAUCGUAAUCAUGUCAAUCCACCAACCAAGCUACCGCAUCCUCGGCCUCCUCGACCGCCUGAUCUUCCUGUCCCACGGCCAAACCGUAUUCAGCGGCUCUCCAGCGAGCCUCCCGCCGUUCUUCUCAGAGUUCGGCCACCCCAUACCGGAGAACGAGAACCGCACGGAGUUCGCUCUUGACUUAAUCCGCGAGCUGGAAGAAGCUCCCGGCGGCACAAAAGGCCUCGUGGACUUCAAUAAACAGUGGCAACUCAAGAACAAGAGAAUUUCCGAGAAAACCAUAAGCGGAAUACCGAAAGUGUCCCUGAAGGACGCAAUCAGCGCAAGCAUUUCCAGGGGUAAACUCGUCUCAGGGGCGCCAGCUGGCACCAGUACCAGUAACGACUCCAACCAACUCGCAGCAGCAUCAUCAGUCCACAAGUUCGCGAAUCCACUCUGGAUCGAGAUGGCGGUUAUAGCAAAACGGUCUCUAACAAACUCACGGAGGAUGCCCGAAUUAUUCGGGAUCCGCUUGGGUGCAGUACUAGUGACUGGUGCCAUCCUCGCCACCAUGUUUUACCACCUCGAUAACUCUCCCAAGGGCGUUCAGGAGCGGUUAGGGUUCUUCGCAUUCGCUAUGUCCACCACCUUCUACACCUGCGCUGAAGCCAUCCCCGUCUUCCUCCAAGAACGCUACAUCUUUAUGAGAGAAACUGCCUACAACGCCUACCGCCGCUCCUCCUACGUCCUCGCUCACUCCAUCAUCUCCGUCCCUUCUUUAGUCUUCCUCUCCUUCGCCUUUGCCGCCACCACCUUCUGGGCGGUGGGACUCGCCGGCGGCACCAGUGGCUUCCUCUUCUACUUCCUCACCAUUGUGGCUAGCUUCUGGGCGGGGAGCUCCUUCGUGACGUUCCUCUCCGGCGUGGUUUCUCACGUGAUGCUUGGCUUCACGGUGGUGGUUGCAAUUCUAGCGUACUUUUUACUCUUCAGUGGAUUCUUCAUCAGCAGGGACAGAAUCCCACCGUACUGGAUAUGGUUUCACUACAUAUCUCUGGUGAAGUACCCGUACGAGGGAGUGUUGCAGAACGAGUUCGAUCUGAAUCCGCCAAGAUGCUUUGUUAGAGGGACGCAGAUGUUCGACAGCACGCCGCUGAUGGAGGUGCCGGAGGCGUUGAAAGUGGAGCUGCUGAAGAGUAUGAGCAAGACGCUGGGGAUUAACAUCACGAGUUCCACGUGCGUGAUUACCGGAGCAGAUGUGCUGAAGCAGCAGGGUGUGACGCAGCUGAGCAAGUGGAACUGCCUUUGGAUAACGCUCGCUUGGGGUUUCUUCUUCCGUUUCCUUUUCUAUUUGACUCUUCUUUUUGGAAGCAAGAAUAGGAGAAGGUAAGAUAAUAGAAAACGAACUGAAGAUUUUUCAACUGAACAAAUAAGCAACAUAUUAAAAUUUAGAGAGUAAAACAACAACAUAUGGGAAUUAAUGCUUUUGUCACCGUGGAUUGGAGUGCUGUUGAAUUGAUGAAGAGGUAGUAAUAAUAAGUUACUGAACAGGCAUUUGUAUUUUAAUUAAUUUGAAAGAAUUGUACUUUAAAAAAAAUGUGUAUGAAUGAAGGAAUUAGUUUGUGUACACUACUUUUGUGUGGGUAAUUGACUAAUUAUCCUCAAUUACUGAAAUUAAAAAUUUCAUGAACA